ACCUGCACUGCGGUUGAGCCACCGCCGCCCAAUCUUUGGGUCCCCAGCAAACAGAGUCUUGGCACAUGCGACUUCCUGGAAAACAAUCUUUCCGCCUCUUCAUCUGCGCAGCCUUUGCUUCACAAUCACUUUCCAACUCUACAAAUCUGUCAUUCUCCUUCAUAUCGGCGCCUUUCCCAAGCGUCUGACCAUUGUGGUUUCGCUGAAUCGCAAAAUAGCGCAAGCCAACUCCUGUAACCUGUACCUUCGACCCAUCACAACAACAAAACUACAGUCAUUAUGGCGGAAGCUGCUCAAAGCGUGCCCACCUUCAAGCUUGUCUUGGUCGGCGAUGGUGGCACUGGAAAGACUACCUUCGUCAAGCGCCAUUUGACAGGUGAAUUCGAGAAGAAGUACAUCGCUACUCUCGGUGUCGAAGUUCACCCUCUAGGUUUCUCUACCAACCUUGGUCAGAUCCAGUUCGACGUGUGGGAUACCGCAGGUCAAGAGAAGUUCGGCGGUCUGAGAGAUGGUUACUACAUCAACGGCCAAUGUGGUAUCAUCAUGUUCGAUGUUACUUCCAGAAUCACCUACAAGAACGUCCCCAACUGGCACCGUGAUCUCGUCCGUGUCUGCGAAAACAUUCCUAUCGUUCUUUGCGGAAACAAGGUCGAUGUCAAGGAGCGCAAGGUCAAGGCCAAGACCAUCACAUUCCACCGCAAGAAAAACCUCCAAUACUAUGACAUUUCGGCCAAAUCCAACUACAACUUCGAAAAACCUUUCCUCUGGCUCGCUCGAAAAUUGGUCGGCAACCCUCAGCUCGAGUUCGUCGCUGCGCCAGCCCUUGCACCACCUGAGGUUCAGAUCAACCAACAACUCCUCGACCAAUACCAGAAGGAAAUGACCGAGGCUGCGGCAAUGCCCCUGCCAGACGAGGAAGACGCCGAUUUGUAAACAAGUUUUGCGAAUGGCUGAACUGCGUGCGCCCCCAGUUGAACUCUUCCAGGGGGUUGUGAAAGGGUUGAUGAUGGAAUUGGUUAGCUGGACGAGAAGCGAGGAGCGAUAGUGCAAUUUCUCUUUCAAUGAUGGAGGGGCCAUUGGAGGACGAUUGUCACACUGAAGGCAGAGAACGGAGAUUUGCGACAGGUUUUCCGUCUGCGCCCUUGCGACUAGCAGUGAAGACAAUACAUCAUCCAAAAGCAAGCAUUGAAGUGAGAACAAUAUGAGCGAACGAACGAACCAAGAUUGUGCUUGUUUCACUGCAAGCCAAAAAGUCACGGCUCAUGAAAUGACCACGAUACAGUCCUUUUUUCAUCACUGUCCCAUGGUACGCCUAGAUUAGUACGAUAGCAUAGCGAGAAUUGAGACCAUUUCGCUACUAGAACUACUCGGCAGAUAUCCGAGAAUUAUACGAAAAGAAUGUUAUUGUCUUGAUCUAGAGA